CUCCUCCUCCUCCUCCUCCUUUCUCUGUCUCAAUAAUUAACAAUUUCUGGGCAGUCUUCUUCACAGAUGGGACAGCUUCACCUCCCUCUCUAAGCCGAUCUCCUUCGUGAAGCCACUUGCUUUCAGUUAGCUCGACUGAAGUCUGUAAAAUUCCAGUGACGCUCACAGUCUCCAUUUCCUUUUCCCCCUAGCUCGACGAGUUCCAGACGCAGCAGAGUUGACUAAAUCCAUGCUCUAGGAGACCACUGACAGAAUGGGAACUUGCAUGAGCAAGAAAUCGUGGACGGCCGACGAUGAAUCUGAAGCGUCGUCAGGUAACCCGCCGGAGGAGAAGGUGAAGGAGGUCCUAUCCGAGACGCCGAGGCCGAGCAUGCGAGCGAGGCGUUCGACCGAGAAGGAGCCGCCGGUGAGGCGCGACCUAGUGACGUCGGAGAAGCGCCGAGAGGCGGAGGAGAGCGUCGACGUGUCGGAGGCGGUCAGCGCGAGCGAGGGCGUGUCCGUGGCGCUGACGGAGGAGGACAAUGCCGCGGAAGUGCAGCAGCCGAUCCGUCGUAGGUCGUCUCCUGGAAAGAGGGGGUGGGUCAGGGAGGAGUUAUCGGGUAGGAAAAGCCCGUCUCCGUCGCGGAAGAGGGAGGUUUCGCCGGAGAGGAGGACGGAGGGUCAGGGCACGAGGGCUGCUGGGAGGUCGCUUUAUGGUGGAAGUCCGGGCGGAGAGUGGAGGAACGGGAUGAGGAGGACCGGUGGAGAAAUAGGUAUGAGAGGGAGUGGUCGGAGAUCGAGAUCCCCGGGGUCUCCAGCGGAUUCCGGCGGGAGACCAGUGGUAAAUAGGAGCGGAUCGAGGAAGACGCUCCAUUCGCCUGGCCGGGUACCGAUGACCGGCUGGGAAGAUAGUCGAAGGGUACUACAGUAUGGCAGCGGCUACGGCGGUUAUGGUGGUGGCGGCGAUGGGGAUCAAGAGGAAAACCUGAAGCCACAAGAUGAGUUUGGUUCUGCUCCUAGCGAGUCUCUUGAGAACCCUCUUGUUUCCCUGGAGUGCUUCAUCUUUCUUUGAUCUCGCUUUGGAGUCCCUUCCACAAUUUUGCUUCUCCACUUUUUCUGUGGCUUUUCUCUCGGGAAAUAUAUUAUUCCGGCAGUCAGUGCACCGGAAACUUUUACGGUGGCUGGAGAAGUUGCUGUAAAUGGAAGUUAUCUGAAGUGGGGAAAACCGAAUGCUCUUUUGGCUUAUUAGUCUCUUUUCGCUGUUGUACAUAGUCGGUCCUCCUAGUGCUAUUGAAACAGAAUUCUUCCCUGUUCUUUGCCUUCCCUGGUUUCUGAAAUUUUCUUGUUUGGAAUUUAGCUCUCUCUCUAUCUUUCCCUUCCGCUGCUUGUUGACCACUUUUAGAUGUGGCUUUCUCUCUUGUUCCAUUUUGGAAUGUACACCUACUGAUAGAAUGCUCUAUCCUCUUUCUCACUGUGGGGACGAAGGAGCCCCGUGUCGCAGAAACUGUUCACUGCGUUGCCAAAUUUUUCUUA